AUGCCGCUCUUUGCGUCCACGUCCCAGCGGCAGUGUCCGAGUCCGAGUCCCACCGGCUGCGAUGCUUUACGCGCCUCUGGUUUAGAAACACAGGAAAGGAAACACUUUACAGAAAUGGCGGAUGGCGCUCCAACUCUUAAAGGCCUGCGAGCCCAAAUGGCUGCUGCGGCACAGGCGCAGGCUGAAGAGCGGAGGAGCCUCGCUGGGACCAGUCCUGUGUCUGGAGCAAACACUGCUGCUAAAGGCUCCAAACCAGUUAUUGACGGUGCCUCUUUAAGAAUAGAUGACAAACUAAGAGUAGCAAGAGAGAGAAGAGAGGAAGCAGAAAAACAUCAAGCACAACGAGAAUCCCAGAUUAUGGAGAGGGAACGAAAGUCCAAGAUACAAGUGGAACGUCAAAUGGAAGAGCGACAGAAAAAAGUGGAAGAACAACGGAAGAAAGAAGAGCAGAAGCGACUGGCUGCAGAGGAGAAGCGUAAGCAGAAACAGGAAGAGGAAAAGGAACACUAUAAAGCUGUGAUGCAGAAGACCAUGGACCGGAGCCAGAGGGUGGAUCAGAGGCAGAAGAGGUGGUCUUGGGGAGGGCUGGACUCAGAUGGCCGAACAGGAGAGGCCGAUGCCCGCCCCUCGUCUCCAGUAACUAUAGUAGUCUCCCCUGCCUCUCCAGAGAAGCCUCUGCGGAGUCGACAAGUGGACAAGCGUUCCACAUCCACCACCAACCUGAAGCAGCCGUCCGAGGCUGGCAUCAGUAAACGCCUCUCCUCCUCCUCCUCCGCCCUCGGCAAAUCCCCCGAUAAGAGUUUUAAAGGCAGAAGUUCAUCUUGUAACCGGUUGUCUAGCAACCGUAAUGCUGCACAGGUCACCAAGGAGGACGUCAAAAAACCUCAGGUCGAGCAGAAAGGCCGUUCCAUGAAGAUGAGAAGCUCGUCCCUUACUCGAGUAAGUGUGGGCAGUCUACAAAGCCCCGCCAAAGCUGAUAAGGGAACAACGGAUGAUCAAGCUCGCAGGCCACCGGCCAGCCCUGUGGAUGAAGGGCUUCUUAGUCGCCUGCUCACACCCACCCAGGCCUCACUAGCUAGGAGCAAGAGUGCUGCUGCCCUGUCCGCUGAAGGAGCAGAUUCUCCAGAGUGUCACCUGUGUCCUCGCUCAGCCUCCGCGAGCCCGCUGCAGCCUGCGCGCGGCCCGCUGCGGAGCCGCAGCAGUGACCGGCGGAAGAGUGGCAUGAGCACCUCUGUGUCUGCGGAUGGAGCCCUGGACCCUUCAAUGAAGAGCAGAGCAUCAGGAGCACAGCGUCCAGCCUCCCCAUCUGCUUCCACACGGCAUCGCUCGCCAUCUCCUGCCCCCAGUGGAGCUCCCAUGAGGACCCCCUCCCCGGCUGCAGCCAAGCAAAAUUCAAAAGCUCGACCACCUUCACCUGGUUCACUGAAGCAGCGCCCUCCGUCUCCUCAAUCUGCAGCCACCAAACCUCCACCCAUCCAGAAACCAUCUCUGACCCCAACAGGCCCCCCCACCCUCAGGAAGAGAGACUCUAAAUCCAAGGACUUGGGGCCAGUGGCUGCUCCUUCUGCAGACUCCAAGGCCAAAGACAAAGAUGACACAAAAGGGGCAACAGGCACAAACUCUGCAGCUGAAGCUGCCAAGAUUCUGGCUGAGAACCGCAGGCUGAUGCGUGAGCAGAAGGAGAAAGAAGAGCAGCUAAGGAUUCAGAGAGAGGAAGAGGAGAGAGUCCGAUUAGAAGAAGAGAAGCGAUUGGCUGAGGAGGCUCGUCUGAAACGCCUUGAGGAGGAGAAGCGUCUCGCAGAGGAGCAGAAGAUCCGAGAUGAGGAAGAGGCUCUCAAGGCUGAGGAGGAGAGAGUACGCAAUGCUGCUGAGGAGGCGCUGCGACAAGCUGAGCAACAGAAAGAAAAGGAGGAGGCCGAUGCCCGAGCCCUGGAGGAAACCAAGAGAGCUCUAGAAGCGAGGGAUCGCAAGCUAGAAGAGGAUCGACAAGCGCGCAUCGAGAGGAAGAAGAGAAUUGAUGAAAUAAUGAAGAGGACCAGGAAAGGAGAUCAGAGUGACUCAAAGAAAGAUGACGAUAAGGACAUGAAUGAAGAUGGAGAUGGAGAAACCCAAGACCAGGACCUUGAGCAGGACCUUGAGCAGGACCUUGAGCAGGACCUUGAGCAGGACCAGGACUUUGAGCAGGACCAGGACCCUGAACAGAACCAGAACCAGGACCCGGACCAUGACCAAGACUGUGAAUCUAAAGGUGAGGCCAGUGAGGCUUUAGCAGAAGCUGAAGGAGUUUGUGAGUUGGAGUCUGAAGAACCCACAACCCAAAGUGAGGAACCUUUGAAUGGAAGCGCAGAGACUGAGAACAAGGAGAACAACAAUAGCCUGAGCACAGAUGAGGCCCAGACUGACACCGACAGCCUUGUGCCUAAGACGCGUGUUGUGGAAGGCUCAGAGUUUGUGAACGAGCAGGACUCUGCCAAGGUCAUCUCCGGUCUAAACGGAAAGUCGAACCAGUGGAACUUUGAGGGCCUCAUUGACCUUAAUAGCCACAACAGCCGUGCGCUCCUGGAGGCGGAGGACUGUAAUCAGGUUUUGCUGGACUGUGGUGGGAGCCCUGAUGGGAACAGGGUCACGUUUGAAGACAAAACCUCUCCUGUAAAUACAAUUCAUUCCUCUAACCCACCCAUCGAAGCACUGUCAACGGAGUGUCCACCGCUCUCUUGCACCAACUAA